GGAUCGUGACCCGGGCGCCUCUCACACACACGCACGGACGGACGGACGAACUGUGGGAACAGUUCUUGGCCGGCGUUCUCACACGAGACCAGCAGUAUGCUUGGCUGACCUCAAGCGUUGAGCUGAAAUAGGUGCGCGACUUUCUCACGCGCUCUGCCUGCCUCCCCCCUCACCGAUCGUCUGCUGGUUGCACUUGUUGAUUACGUGCGCAUGUGUGAGUGAGUAGGGAAGGGGGGAGGGGCAUUCCGUUAGUUUGUGUGUCGGAACAACCUGACUGCUUCUUGCAUUGAAUAUCUAUGCACUGUGCGUGCGUGUGUGUGAGAAAAGGAGAGACCCUUUGCUUUUCUUUUAUUUUGUUUUUCUUUUUCUUUAUUAUUACUAUCAUCCACACCAUCACCGAAAAGACUACUACCACCUUCAGUUGCAUUUUAGACUUUAAGGAGAGUGGUUCGUCUUGAAAAGAUUUUUUUUUUUUCUGGUACCCAAUUUGCUGGACUUAUGAUUAUUACAUAAACCUCUUAAUGCAAAAUCAGACUUUACUAUAAUAAUAACAAUAAUUGUUGUUGUUAUCUUUUGAUUACGUGAACGAGUGUUUUUGCAAAUUUUGGAGCCAAUCUGGAAUACCAAUCGUGUGUCACCAUGCCUGCAGAAAGGCCUGUAUCCAAAGCCAGCGAGAACAGAAGGGCAACAAAACCCAUAAUGGAGAAGAGGCGCAGAGCACGAAUUAAUCAGUGUCUCUCCGAACUUAAAACAUUGAUUCUAGACGCUUUGAAUAAAGACCCAUCUCGACAUUCGAAACUAGAGAAAGCAGAUAUUCUUGAGAUGACCGUUAGACAUUUACAAAGCAUUCAAAGACAACAAAUGGCUGCCGCUAUAUCAUCAGAUUCUUCUGUAUUGAACAAGUUCAAAGCUGGAUUCAACGAAUGUGCAACAGAAGUGACACGUUACGUUAGUCGAAUUGAAGGUGUGGACCCAGCACUCCGCCAGCGUCUUUUGUCCCAUCUUUCGAACUGCCUAGCUACCAUGAACACUGCCUCUCACUUCCAGCAGCAACAGCAGCAAGCGUCAAAUCUCACAUUCGGCGGAACCUUCCCCAGCAUGCUGCAAUCUCUGAGUGUACAGAUACCCACCGGGAUAUCGACGGUUGGCAUAGUUCCUGCCAACAGAUCAUCCAGUGACAUCAAUAAUAACAACUCUUCACCUUCGGCACCUAAUGGAAAGCUCUUCACUGGAUUGUCUGUAAUCCCCAGCCGUUUGCCAAAUGGAGAAUUAGCCUUCUUGCUUCCCAGCCAGGCCUUAACAGGAUCCGGUUCAAUGGCUUUCCAUUUACCGUCCGUUAGCGCAUCGUCCAGUCUGCCUUCUUCAUCCGGUCCUGAUAGAAAUAGCCAAUCAUCUUGGCCACCCACUUCUCCGUCUUCCAAGAGGUCUCCAAGUCCUGAUGCCAUGUCUGAAGACAAUGUUGUUCUUAGCCCAUCUUGUAGUGAUGCUGGUUCUGAUGUUUUUGUUGACUCUUAUCCGCAUUCCAAACAUCAGCAACAAGUAAAAGAUAUGGUUUUAUCACCUCAGCCCCAGAUAGUUCAUCCAUCUCCAAGCAAGGAUCGACACAUGUUGGCCGUACCUCGCCAUCAUCAAGGAUCUGAAUCAGAAAGCGUAUGGAGGCCCUGGUAAACAUUUAGGGACAAUUGUCAAAUUUUAUGAAAGACUUGACAUCCAAGAGCUUCCAAGAGCGUGUUUUUUAAAAUUUUCAGUGAUAUUUUUCUACAGUUUAUUCUACAAUAUUUCAAAAAUGAACAUAAGCUUUCCUAAGAUAUUAGAACAUUACUAUAAAUCCCAUGAUGAUUGUCUGCAAGAAUAUAAAAGUGUAGUUUAUACAGAAACUGACUAAAUUCCCAAUAGUUUUAGGUGUUUAUCUACGCAUGUAAAAUGUUUAAAGAAAUUAAUAUUGCCGGUUUUAUUGUUUUUUCAUUUAAAUUUUUGGAAAAAAAUUUCGCUGUAAAAGAUUACCCUUUCUUAUUUAUUAGUUUAACCAUUCAUUUAUAUCGAAACCUUCAACAACGCACAAGUGAUUUUAAUAUUCUUAAAAUAGUUUUUAUUGUUAUUUGUCAUUAAUGAUGGCCUAUCAAACGAAUUACAUAACUUUUAGCAGCUGUUUUACUACGUUGUGUUUUCAUAUUUGUAUAUCUCUGCGUAAUAUUUCCGAUAAGAAGGAUCAGCAGGAGGGCCUUCAGUCUUAAUAUUUGCUCUCAGAUUUAUAUUUGUUACUUUUUAUUGUUAAAUAGAUUUUUUUUUUCUUUUUGAAUAUGUGAAAGAAAUUUUUUUAUGUACGUAUCAAUUGUAUACAUUAGUUUGCUCUUUUGUAAAUAUUAUAGAUAAGCAUUUUAUUAUAUACUUUCCAAGCUGUGCAAGGAAGUAACACAUUUUCGUCCCAAUAUAGCUUGAUCUCAAAAAGAAUUUCUAUUUUGCUGCUAGGUGCUUGUACAUGUUCCAUAUGUUAUUCGAAAAUAUCACCUUGAUGAUCUCAAAAUGUUAAUCUAUUCUGUGAUGUGUAUAUAGAAAAAAUUAUAUUUGUGUUUGAGGAAAUUACACCUCAGUGCAUAAAAUUAAGUAAUGUUCCCUUUUAAAGCCCAGUGUUAAUUUUAUGUAUAUAUAAUUACGUGUUUACUUGUGUAUAUAAAGGUCAAUGCAGAUCAAAAUUAUUUUUCUCAAUUUCGAACUCAUAUACAUUUUUUAGAGAGGAAAAGAGUUAAAUUGUAGUAAUUUUUUCGGUGUUGCCAACUCUACCGGUAAAACAAGGACGGUACCGACGUUUCCUUACUCCUCCCGAUAAAUUUCUCGGUUUUUAAUUGGUCUGAAUUUAGGUCAUUUCUUUCAAAUAUAAAUCGAAAAAUAUUGGCCAAUUAAAUCUCAAAAUAAGAUAAAUGCUAAGAAGAAAAUUUUGAUGAAAAAUUAUUGAAACAUAUUAAGGAAGCAGUGUAGUUAUCUCUUAAUGAAACUUAGAUUGUGUAAAUUCUCUUUUUUCCCUUAAGUGAAUUUUUCUGUUAGUUUAUAUUCGAUAUCUAAAAUGUUUUAAUGAUGUUAAAAAUACUUAACUAAUGUUUAUUAAGUAGACACGUGUAUUUGAUUUUGUAAAGUUUUUUAUUUUCUUUUAAAUUGCAAGAUCAAAUUAAAUUAGUUUCAUUUGUUAUUAAAUUUUGAUUUAAAAUAAUUUUCAUUAAAUUCGUGCUGUAACUAGGUUAAUAACCUGAGUUAUGCAUUUGAUUUUAAGUAAAAUUUUGUCAGUUUGUAAUACUUUAAAGUCCUCAUAGCACGAAAACGUUUCGGUCUUUCGUAUUUCAAAGUUGGCAGCUAAAUUUUUGGAAGACAUUCCAUCACCCUUGAAUUCAAAUGUGAAGUUAAAAUUUGUGUUAUUGUUAACAAAUCUCAUAAAAACUGAUUUCAACAUAUUUCCUUUUAUACAUGUUGAUAUUUGAAAUGCAUAGUUUUCUAGAAAUGUUGGCAGCCAAUUUGUGCCUUAAUAUUGUAGUUAGCUGUAUAAAGAUUUGCAUUUUUUGUUAUGUUUUCGAAUAAAAACAAAUAUUUAGCCACUAA